CUGUAGGCUGGGGCGGCUGCCCCAGCCGGGGCUGCUCUGCCGCUCAGUUCUCCUCCGCCCCCUCCUUCGCGGAAUAGCCCUCGUCACCGCCGCCUUCUGCAGGGAGAGAGGAACGGAAGAGGCGCGCCUCCUCUUUUCCCUCCACGACGACAACAACAGCAGCCGCAGCAGCAGCAGCAGGCGCCCUCCCGGAGGGAGCGAGGAGCCCUGGGUGAGGGGCGACGGAGGCGAGGCUUGCUCUCCCGCCGGGGGCGCUGUCUUGUCCGGCGUGCGAAGCGGAGGGGAUGUGCGAAAGAGAAAGGAGAAAAGGCGUGUGAGUGAGUAGACCUUAGCGUGGACGUGCGGACGAGCUUUCGUUCCUUUGGGGCGGCUGAAUCCAAAGAUGUUUCCAGAUGAAGAAGAACAAAUAACACAAGCCAUGGAAGAGAUAGUAAAGGAUUUUGACAAAGGCCCGCAAGAAAGUAUUUCGGAUUUUGUGGAUUUGAGUGGUAGUUGCCAACAAUCUUUUGAAGAGGUUUCUGUCAACCAACUCUCUAUGCAUCUUCCACUUGAUCCUCCCACCACAGAAUUUUCAUCGCAGACAUUUCAUUCUCCCACUGUACCUUUAGAAGAGGAUAGUGUAUUAUUCAACAAACUGUUAUAUCUUGGAUGUAUGAAAGUUUCUGCUCCUCGCAAUGAAGCAGAGGCCUUGUGUGCCAUGGCAACUUUGAAAAACUCAAGUCAUUCGCCAUCUCCUGUAACUCUCUAUGUACCAAAUAUUCCAGAUGGUUCUGUUAGAAUAAUAGAUCAGUCCAGCCAUACAGAAAUUGCUUCUUUCCCAAUCUACAAAGUGUUGUUCUGUGUCCGUGGCCAAAAUGAGACUUUGGAAUAUGACUGCUUUGCGUUUACAGAGAGUUACUCUGGCACUGAUGAGUUUCAAAUUCAUGUCUUCUCUUGUGAAAUUAAAGAGGCAGUCAGCCGAAUUUUGUAUAGUUUCUUAACAGCGUUCAAACGUUCCUCCAAACAGGCAUCAGAUAAUGUCAAGGAUACUAUUGUUUCAAGUCCUGACAGUGAUAUAUUCAUGUUCACUGUUUCUUUAGAGGUCAAAGAAGAUGAUGGUAAAGGAAAUUUCAGUCCAGUACCAAAAGACAGAGAGAAAUUUUACUUCAAACUAAAGCAAGGCUUUGAGAAGAAGGUUGUGAUCACUAUACAGCAGAUUUCCAACAAAGAAUUAGCCAUUGAAAGGUGCUUCGGGAUGCUGCUAAGUCAAGGUCGAAAUGUCAAAAACAGUGACAUGCACUUACUGGAUAUGGAGUCCAUGGGGAAAAGUUCUGACGGUAAAGCUUACGUAAUAACUGGUCUUUGGAAUCCUAACAUACCUAUCUUUUUAGUCUUAAAUGAAGAAACUCCUAAGGAUAAGCGUGUAUACAUGACUGUGGCAGUAGAUAUGGUAGUCACAGAAGUGGUAGAGCCAGUUCGUUUUCUGUUAGAGACACUUGUGCGUGUGUAUCCAGCCAAUGAACGCUUCUGGUACUUCAGCAGGAAAACUUACACAAAAACAUUCUAUAUGAAAUUAAAACAGUGUGAAGGGAAAGGCAGUACAAAUGCUGGAGAUGCGAUCUAUGAAGUCUUGAGUCUGCAUUGCAGUUCUGAAAAAGAGGAAGAAGCAAUUAGUCCACUAAGCUUUGCUGAUCAGAUUUCUUUGCAAGAGGAUGAUGCUGAAGAGGGGAGCGAUAAUGAACUCUCAAGCGGUACCGGUGAUGUAUCAAAAGAUUGCCCAGAGAAGAUCUUGUAUUCUUGGGGAGAGUUGUUGGGACGAUGGCAUAACAAUCUUGAAGUGCGACCAAAAGGUCUAUCUGCAUUGGUGAAAAGGGGUGUUCCAGAGGCUUUGAGAGCUGAGGUGUGGCAAUUACUAGCAGGAUGCCAUGAUAAUCAGGCAAUGUUGGAUAAAUACAGAAUUCUUAUCACAAAGGAGUCUUCCCAGGAGAGUGUCAUUACACGAGAUAUUCAUCGUACAUUUCCAGCACAUGAAUAUUUUAAAGAUACUGGAGGAGAUGGACAGGAUUCUUUAUAUAAGAUUUGUAAGGCAUAUUCAGUGUACGAUGAAGAAAUUGGUUAUUGUCAGGGUCAUUCCUUUCUUGUUGCUGUUCUUCUUCUGCAUAUGCCUGAAGAACAAGCUUUUUGUGUCCUAGUGAAGAUCAUGUAUGACUAUGGCCUGCGGGACCUCUAUAAAAACAAUUUGGAAGGUUUGCGGAGAAAAUUUUACCAGCUGGAGAAACUUACGCAGGAGCAGCUGCCUGAUCUGUAUAACCAUUUUGUGGAACAGAAUCUUGAAGCUCAUAUGUAUGCCUCCCAGUGGUUUCUCACCCUCUUCACUGCCAAGUUUCCACUUUGUAUGGUCUUCCACAUAAUUGAUUUACUGCUUUGUGAGGUAAAAUCACCUCCUAUCUCUAAAGAAGCUUGCUUUGCAUGAAAUGA